AUGGCCGCAACCGCCCGAAACAAGCGACGCUUCAGCGCCAGCAACAUCAAGCCGAACACCAAACAGCGGUUGGCCACCGCCGACGGAGACGAAAUCACUGACCUGCAAGUGAGCGUGACGCCUUGGGGUUCCGCUUUCGGCAUGCUCAGUGACAAAGACAAAUCCUCGCGCCUCUGGCAGCUGCAGCUGCGUCAAGGAGGACCCAAAGCCGUGACCUACCAGAUCCUGGCCGCCGCACGCCGGGCGCUGCAGAACUACCCCGCCGACGGGGUCAUGGACACGAGGACCCUGGAAGAGCAGCAGGGCAUCAAGCUGCUGAACGGAGCCCCGCCGCAGGGUGGCCCCGCGGAUCCUGACGGAGUCGGCUUGGAAGCGUGGUUGUCGACCGUCUACUGCACCGGCGAGUCUCCGCAAGACGGACUGGACUUUGUCAAGUUUCUGCUGAAGCACCGCUACGACAACGGAGAGAUCGCCGCCAUGCCAACCUGCGUCUUGGCGACCCGCCACCCCACCUGGCCCUUCGGAGACCAGCCGCAAGGCUGGAGCUACCAGCGCUCCGCGCCGACGAACAUCGACCUUUCAGUGGAGAUGUCCUCGGAGGAAGAGGACGAGUACAUCCUGUGUUUCUGGGGCAACAUCUACCCCUACCGCGAAGCCUUCGACGCCAAGUCGCUCGAAGGAGGCAGAGUCGACAUGGAAACAGGAAGCGAGUACGUCCGCAGCCUGAAAAUCACAAACUCGGACGAAGACAAGGAACGCGUCGCCGACAUAUUGGAGAACGUCCUCCUGUCGCUCCCGGUGUAUUUGAUCAACACCACGGGCACCUCUGCGGACGAGCUCGUGCAUUGGCUUUGCAAGCAGGAUUCCGUGUACCUCGGCGAGGCAUCGUGA